UUAGUGAACAUCAAUAUUAUCAUAUUUUCUUUUCAUUGCCUUUCACACACUAGAUUUGUCUUAUCUCUGCAAUCACUCUUUUUUUUUUUUUUUUUUUAUCUCAACUGACAGUAGAUAGUGCUAAACAGAAACAUUACAGCAAUAUAGUUAAAUUUUUUUUUUGCCUUCUUUCUAUUUCACCCACACUAUGCCCCUCUGGAAGCCUUGCCUCCUAUCGCAGCUCCUUCUUUUCAACCCUAUAUUCCUCUUGUUCCUCCACACGAGGGUUCCCUCACCCUAAAAACUCCCGUUCUGAUAGCUGAUCCUCAUAGACUACCUGCUGGGGUAAGUGCCUUACACCCGCCUCAGAUCCUCUUUCACAAUUUCUUGAAGCUCUCAGCUCACGCCGAACACUCUCUGGAGUUUCCCCCCCGGUGCAGCUCCCAUCCGGCCAUGCUUCACUGGGCAUCUCAUGGUGACUGAAUCUGGGAGCUUUAGAGCAACAUUUGGCAGGGGAAGCACACUUGACUGAUGGCAUCAAAAAAGAAACUUUUUGGUUUGGUCCAUAGAAAUGAUGGCACUCUUUAUCCAGCAUACCACUGUCAACUGGCAAAAAGCCCCGUGAGAAGCCGAAGUGUGAUGAUAAACGCUUGGAUAAAAUGUGCUCCUCAUAAAACUGCAUUGGAAUGAAUAAAUCAAUGAAUCCCACAAGCAGAACAAUUCUGAAUAAAACCACACAAUUUUAAAACAUAACCAAACGAAAUACACACAGAAGGAAAAAAGCAUUAGCAAGAACCCAGUGCGAUUAUGUAAUUUAGGAAGACAAAAUUGCACAACUGCAAAAAUGCACGUCAUAAAGAAAUAAAUAAACUCUGUCACUUAAAAUUGUAAAUCAAUACUGUGUGCUGUACAUGUAGAGUUCUACAGAAAGUGAUGAAAAAAACAUAAACGUGUAAAUUACAGCAACAAUAAAUACAUGUAAAUACGUACAGGAUUGUUCUAUUUAUUGCAACAGCCCUGAACGGAAGUAUAUUUUUCAAUUUUAAUUAAGAGUUUAAUUUAAAGGGAAAUAAUGAACACCAAGCAAUUGCCUGCUAUACCUCUUGAAGCAAAUAGUAUAACAAAGAGAUCUAGUGUCCAAGCACCACCUAACAUCAACAUGAAUAGCUUAAACAGUCAUGUCAGUCAUAAUUGCCAUAAACAGUCCUGGUUUACCUGGAUGGAGGCUGCCAAGACAACUACAUGCAGUGUCAACGUAAAGGAUAUUACAAUAAAACAGAAUUUAAAAAUGCUUUUUACAUCAGCAAUGGCUAAUACACCACAUGAGGCCACCGGCUGACCUCUCUGACCUCUCUGACCGCUGUAGCUGUUUCAUUUGUGGAAGUGAAGCAUUAGUGUCAUUACAUCACUUUCCAGAACUUAUGAUCAAGAUAUGAAUCUAAAAACAAAGAACAUUCAUAAGACAGGAAUGAGCUAUAAUUCAUUCUGAUAACUAUGAUGUUUCCAUCUUAUAUUAUCAUCUCACAUUAUUGGUAUGACAUAAGGUCCAAGCGCAUGGCCAGUCAAUAGUCUGUCCAGCAGGUGGCAAUAAACAUUUAUGUACUUUGGAAAGUACAGUAGAUUCGUAAAUUUCGGCAUUAGUAAUAAGAAUACAAAAAUAAAAUGAAAUAGAUUUUUUUCAGCAAAUAGAAAAGUUACAGACGUUUCUGUCAUGCGAUACAAUACAUUUAAAUAUCACAUUAGCAGUAAAUGAUUGAAACAAUAAAAUAAAAUAUUAAUUAAAAUAUUUUUUUCUGGAAAAAAAAAAGCUGUGAAAAAUGGAAUGAAAAAGGCAACUUAAUUUAAAUAUGUGUGCGUGGUGAGCAAAAAUAAACAAACAAACAAAAACAAUGUGUCUAUGGAAGGGAUUGAAAUAUUCACAGAAGCUAUUGGAAUGUGUUGAAUUGGAGGACAUAAUACAUUAGAAAAUAGACAAUUGCGUCUCUAAACUGCGCAAAAAAAAAGAAAAAAGAAAGAAAUAAGUUUACGUGAAUGGCAUAUUGCACGCUGAGCCCCACCUCCACAUGGAUCAAAACAGCUAACAAAUUCAUUGAUCGCAAUACAUCCGUCCAAUCGCAUCGCGGCUCUCAUGUCGUGUGUAUCUAACGGCUGUUCUGAUUGGGCGGAUCAAGUGUCAAUCAAAGCGAAAGCUCCGUCCACCUUCUGGACAUCAAACCGCAGAGGAAAACUGCAACAGGGGCUAAACAUAGGGGGGGAAAGUGUUACAAAUCGUUUUUACAGUAUCAGUGAUUUAAACGCCUUUUUAAUCGUAGGUUUCAAAUAAGACCGUUUUUCCUGCUUUUCGACAACUUUUUUCCCUGUUUGGUGCGGCCGUGUGGGGAUGGAUGAGAUGCGGCCUAGCAGCGGAGCAGCAGCGCACCUCGGCCUUGCCUCGAUCUUUCCCCCGGGAUUGCAGGCCAUUUACGGGGAAUGCAGACGUCUGUAUCCCGAUCAGGCGAACCCGCUGCAAGUCACAGCCAUCGUGAAGUACUGGUUAGGGGGUCCAGAUCCUCUGGACUACAUUAGUAUGUACAGAAACAUGGGAUGUCCUGGACAAGAUGUACCAGAACACUGGCACUAUGUGAGCCUGGGUCUAAGUGACUUGUAUGGGGACAACAGAGUUCAUGAAUUCACAGGUCAAGAGGGCCCAAGUGGUUUUGGUUUUGAGCUCACAUUUCGCCUGAAGAGAGAAGCAGGAGAGACGGCACCCCCUACCUGGCCAGCUGAGCUUAUGCAAGGCUUGGCCCGAUAUGUGUUUCAAUCAGAAAACACAUUCUGUAGCGGCGAUCACAUUUCGUGGCACAGUCCUUUGGACAACAGCGAGUCUAGAAUCCAGCAUAUGCUGCUCACGGAGGACCCCCAGAUGCAGCCGGUGCAGACCCCGUUCGGUCACAUCAGCUUCCUUCAGAUUGUGGGUGUUUGCACAGAGGAGCUGCAGGCAGCGCAGCAGUGGAACGGUCAAGGCAUUCUGGACCUGCUGAGAGGAGUGCACAUUGCCGGGGGUCCAUGGUUAAUCACUGACAUGAGAAGAGGGGAAACUAUAUUUGACAUCGAUCCACACUUGCAAGAACGAGUGGAUAAGGGCAUAGAGACGGAUGGCUCUAACCUGAGUGGGGUCAGUGCCAAGUGCGCCUGGGAUGACUUGAGCCGACCUCCCGAGGAUGAGGACGACAGCAGGAGCAUUUGCAUUGGGUCGCAGCCACGCAGGCUGUCCGACAAAGACACUGAACAGAUUAGAGAAGCCCUGAGGAAAGGACUGGAGAUAAACAGCAAGUCUGUCCUGCCUCCCAUCAGCAGUCAGAGGCACAGUCACGACCGGCCACAACAAUCAGUUGGACAUUUCCAGACCCAGCAGAUAUCAAGGAGCCGCAAGGACAGUCUAGAGAGCGAGAGCUCGGCUGCUAUUGUCCCUCAUGAGUUGGUGCGAACACGACAGCUGGAAAGCGUGCAUCUGAAGUUCAACCAGGAGUCUGGGACUCUUCUCCCACUGUGCCUCAGAGGUCGUCUGCUCCAUGGCCGACAUUUCACAUAUAAAAGCAUUAAUGGAGACACGGCAAUCACCUUCGUGUCCACUGGGGUAGAAGGAGCCUUUGCCACAGAAGAGCAUCCGUAUGCUGCUCAUGGACCAUGGUUACAGAUACUACUUACUGAGGAGUUUGUAGAGCAGAUGCUAGCUGACGUUCAGGAUUUGAGCACCCGUGAAAUGUCUAAGCUGCCGAAAGAGUACAGCUGGCCCGAUAAGAAGCUAAAGAUCUCUGUCCUACCAGACACGGUGUUUGACAGCCCACUGCAAUAAGACUGGGAGCACACUGUCCCUGAUUACAAACCCACAACUACAGAAAGGAGCUCAGCUCUUUUGCCAGGCUCAUGUGCCUACAGACAGCUGAAGAAAACAAGACAUUCAGACACUUCCCCUUUUUCCCAGAGAGCAUUGUAGAAGAUUGCAUGGCAACACAAAACAUUUUUACAUGUACAAGAUUGUCCGUUAUACCACUUGUCUUUGCAUUGGUCUACCUAUUCACUCUUAAGGAAAAAAUGUUUUGUUUUUCUGGUCUCAGUUUAAAAAAACAACAAAAAAUCUUGUUGAACGUGUGCAAGCACUGGUGCCUUUAUUCACCUUAAAAUAGACUGAAGUUACAUUUUAAAAGAAAAUUUGCUCUUCUAAAUCCUGCUUGUAAUGUGAAGAAAAGCAUACAAAGCAUGCUUUUAGGCAUGUUUAUCAAAUACAAUGUGGUUUUACUAAUUUGCAUUUACAAAAUACAGCUGUGCCUAUUUAAGGUUGAUGAUAUUUGAUAAGGUCAUUUAGUUUAGUCAGUUUACCUUCACAAUACCAAAGCCUGUACAGAAUAAGUGUUUCCUAAACUCGUGUCCUAUGUAAAGUUGAGAAGCACGAACUAGUUCCCUGAUCUUUCUUUUGUUUUAUUUUUAUUUUAACUAUUUUACUUGUAUUGAACUUUAUUUCAUUUGACUUUAUGAUUGCAUUCCAAGCCUCUUUAUAGGGAAGCAAGCUAAUUGGUUCCUGGACAGCAAUCUCUUUUCUAGAUUUGUUAUUUUUGGGAUGUGUGCUCGAUAAUAUAGGUCAAAGUUUAAAAAGAAACCUCUAUUAGUGCUUUUGAAAAGAUGAAUUUAAUUAGCGUACUGCCAUUUUUUUGUAUUCUGGAGAAUCACUACACUGCCUGUGGUUUUGUUACCCUUAAGUGCAUUAAAGUUAUUUACAGAAAUCA